AUGAAGAUGUCCACACCUAUGACAGUUGUGUUGGCCUGCCUCUUGACUUCCUUCUUGUUAAUUGCCUUCUUUUACUACUAUUUCCGCCACUAUGCUGAAGAUCAGCUCGCCCUUGCUGCAGCCACCGGCCACGUGGGUCAAAGAAGCUCGAUGACAGAGGCAGCAGCCCGUGGGCUUGACCCUGCCGUGAUUGCAACAUUUACGAGCUUUAUAUACUCAGAAGUGAAGGAGAUCACAAUUGGUCAACAAGUUCUUGAAUGUGCCGUGUGCCUAAAUGAGUUUUGUGAUCACGAGUCUUUACGCUUGUUACCAGAAUGCAGCCACGUGUUCCAUCGUAAUUGUAUAGAUGAAUGGUUGGCUUUUCAUGUCACCUGCCCGGUUUGUCGCACAAGUCUUGUGCCAAAGCCAGGUCGACUCGGUAAGAAAACUGAGUCACCGUGUGACUUAGGCGGGCCAACUAAAAGUCAUGUUUCAGUUGAAGUCAGUCAUUUGAAACAUGACCAUCUACCUUCUAAAAAAAUGUCCCGUUCUUGUUCAACGGGACAUUUGACAGCUACAAGGCAUGAUGAAAAUGCAGAGAGGUACAUGUUAAGGUUGACAAAAGAUACACAUGAUAUUCUAAAAAGUUCAAGUACAAAUCCAUCCACAAGCAUGGAUAUGUCAUCUUUAACAGAGUGUACUUCGAAAACGGGCCUUAGGAGUGCGAGUGCAAAUUUUUUGAGAGGAUCAAGUUAUUCUGAUUACGAGAGGUUUGGCCAGGAAAGACGAUCUGGUGAUCAACGAAGUCUUGGGAACACAGGAUCGUUUAACUCUCAUAGUAUUUCCGUUCAUCUUGGGGAUGAUUCAAUGACUGGUUCGCAACGAUUUUUGGCAUCAAUAUCGAUGACAUCUCCAUUUAACCGUUUGUUUCAACUAUCGAACAAAGUUAAUGAGGUGAUCAUGCAAAGAUUAUAUGAUAGUAAUUGA